AUGGCUUGGCCUAUAGACACGGGCAGGAGUCCCUUCUCGAAUACUACACUAGUGGGAGUCUGCCAAGAGUUCGUCCCUCAUACCAUAAUGCAAAGCCUUCCCGAUGGACGCAUAGAAGCGUACGGGAGAAUCACUUCAAUCAUCACCAACGCUACGUGGGCCAUGGGCAUACAGCUCCGCAUAAUCGAAACAUCCGACGGGAACUAUGGCUCCGCCACUCCUGAUGGCCGCCUUUUCGGAGCUCUCCUGGAUCUUAAAGAAGGGAGAGCCGAUCUGUCUGUGGCAACGAUGCCGCGUCAAUCCUUAUACGACGAAUUCUUCGAGAAAUCGAUUGACUUUGAAGCGUUACGACUCAUAAUGACUUCUGGAACGAGACAAGUCCUCAAGAAAUCCUCCACGUCUGUCAUCAGCGAAGAGCUCUUGACUGAGAUUUUCCCCCUGUUGGCGAUGUUCGCGUUUGUGAGCAUCGCUUUGAGCUCACUUUUCAACUCCAUGAUCAACGGAGGCUCGCCCGCAUCCUACGUGGAUCUGUUCUUCAUGUUUUACUAUCCGAGUUUCUUUUGCGAAACGAGCCACGCACAGACAUCGACCAACCACCGGAUAACUUUCUCCGCGAAAAUUCUCUUCGGGUUCUGGCUUUUGGGCAUGUUCGUGAUCACCGUCUUCAUCCAGAGCACUCUGAAGUCUAGUUUCGUCAUCCUGGUAGAAACCGAAAGGAUCCGAAACAACAGAGACGUACUCGAUCGUCCGGAGUUGCUACCGAUGAUGCAUAACGACAUGCGAUAUUUCCUAACGAUCAUGAGCGUUGAGUUCGCUGAUGAGAUUCUCGCCCAAUGGGAGCGACUCAAACCUGAGAGUUCGGUCCCUCUGAAAGAAUACUAUUCACUCGAGACGAUUGAAAAGAUGACGACUCGGCGUGGAGUUCUCUACUCCGACGAAUUCGGCGCCCUCUACGAGUUGCCAAAACUAUGCCCGAAGAUAAAGGGUUCUUACCUCUAUCAAUCAUCUGGUCUGGCGGAAAUCCACAACAGCCUGUACUUCAGACCUGGGAUCAAUUCGACAUUAGUUCGAGAGAUUAAUAAGAGAUGCCGCUGGCUACAAGAGGCUGAUAUCCCCUGGCUCCCGCGUUUCCUCUUGGAUCCAUCGAAUUCGCCGUGUUUCGUGCAGCCUCUCGUCGGAGCAUCGUUGAGCGCAGGAGAUCGCAGCGGGUCUAGCGAGACCCUUAAUCAAUCCGAAUCAAGUCUUGUGUCCGAACCAGAGCAGCACCACAAGGAUGCUUUGUAUUCCCGUCGUCAACCGAUCAACCCAGAAAGCCUCACCCCAUUGCUUGGGGGCCCAAGCAGUCAGUGGUCGUUGAGCAAUUCUUUGCAACGGAGGUCGACUACCGAGUCCCUCCAAGAUGUUCCCUGUGAUUACUACCAUCCACCGCCACCUCCCCCUCCUCCACAUAAACAUCUGCCUUCGCUAGAAGCCGGAAUGGAUGAAGGCGAGGCCGCACUUCGUCUGAAGUGCAAAGCACUCAAAAAUGAGUACGACACGCUGCACAAGUGCUAUGCAGAUCUCGUUGUGGUUCAUUCGAGCCAUGUGUCGAAAAUGGAGGUCACUCAGGAAGAACUGUCCAGGCUGAAGAAACAAUUGGAGGAAGCGAAACACGAACGGGAUAACGCGAUCAGGGAUCGCAACGGCCUGCAACAACAAUGCUCCGCCGCUAUCUCCCAGUGGUACAACACUCUCAGCGAGAGGAACGAAGCUCGCGAAACGCUGAAUAGAGUCCAGCAGCAACGAGACGAAGCCCUAAAGGAAAUCAACAACGCUUUGACAAUUCGCAUCAAAACCAGCAAAGAUCUCACAAAACUGACCGAGGAGAGGAAUGCCGCCCUCCAGGAAUAUUCGCUUAUUAUGGGCGAACGGGAUAACGUUCACAAGGAGAUGGAGAGGUUCCAGGAGGAACUCGCUCAGAAGAACAGCGAAUUGUCAACGAGCGACAACAAGAUCAAAAGUUUGCAGGACGAGAACGAGAGCCUCAAAAGGGAAAUCGCCUCAGCGUUGCAGGAAAGAGACCGCGCCUUCAAAGAAUGUAACCAGCUCCGGGAGUGUUCGCCACUGCAGAAACAGCACGAGCAGGACUCACAGGCCUUCAAGGAUCGAAUUGAAGCCUUGCAGAAGGAGGUUGCCAAGCUCAAAAACGAAUUGACCGAAGCGCAACAGGAAGCCGAAGUGAGCAAACGAAGACGCGAUUGGGCGUUCAGUGAGCGUGACAAGAUUGUCCUCGAGAGGGAGAGCAUUCGCGCACUUUGUGACCGUCUCCGCAAAGAACGAGAUGAACGGGUAUCCGACUUGGCGGAAGCUCUCAGGGAUUCCGAUGACGCAAAGAAACAAGCCAGCAGGGAACUCAACGAAUUGCGUCAAUUGCAACUGGGCGUAGCUCUGAGCAAAGACUCAGCCAUCGAUAUCAUGGAGGAGUUCGAAACCACGACCAAAGUGAAGUUGAAACUCGACGGCUCGGAGAACGGCGGAGGCUUCGAAACGUGUAAAAGCAACGAUACCCUCUGGGUCUCUCGGAUCGACGCUGGCAGUCCCGCCGAUGGUAAACUAUUGCUACAGGAUCAGAUCGUCAAAAUUAACGGAGCAAGCGUAUUCCAAAUGGGAGCGGCCGUAGCCCAGGAAAUGCUGCAGAAAGCCACAGACUUCCUCAGACUGGAGGUGAAGCGGAGAGCGAAUUCUCAGCACACGAAACAUUCCACGACUAGGAGAGGUUACUUCUUCUGCGAGCUGCAGGUCCCUGAAAAAGAAGCCCAUGGCUUGGUUCUCGAGGCCGGAGUGUACAUCGCGCAGAUCGUCCCGGGAACUCCGGGAGCUCAGAUUCUUCUGCCCGGGGACAGAAUUCUCAGCAUCGACGGCCAGGCGGUGGUCGACAUGCAACACGCACUCGAGAAACUCGACAAGCCCGGACGCUUCCAGUUGCAGGUGAGCAGGUUCGGCCUUUCGGCCAAAGACGACGCCAUGAAGGAGAGAACGACGCUCAAGAAAUUCAACUCGGCCAGCGUCCAGACCGACGAAAAGGUCGCGAAAUCCCUGGUGUCGCCCACUGAAAAGAAAUCCUCGAACACGCUACUCGACCGGGCGAAGAAUAAAAUAUUCGGCGAGAAGAAAGCCCGGCCUCUCUCGACAAUCCAGACGAGCAACGAUACCAAGGACGCUAUUUUCGAAUUGGAUUCGGUAAUAGAUCGUUUCUCGAAUGAGAGAAAGUCAACCAAAAGCCACAAGGGAUCAAGCAGCAGCAAGGAGAAUCAGAACCACGCGAACAGUGGAGGAACCUGGCCCAAGUACAGAGGCGCCCUGACCGAGGCUCAGAGCGGCAGCGGGAACGGCGGCAAUAGCGGCAACGGAGGCGACAAGCAGCUCAACAUCAACACGUUGCAGCCGACCCACCGUCAGAAGGAGCGCAAAUCCAUUCCAAAGCAGUUUUACCAUUCGAGCUCAGACUCCAGCCCGGGAAGCUCUCCCGUGAAAAUCGAAGCUUACGUUCCUCCGUCGUCAUCGGAUAUCUUGAACUUCAGCAGCUUGGUGCAGACGGCACCGAGUUCGCGCAAUCAUUCUCAGGAAGGAUACUAUAGCAUGACUACACCGAGACCGCAUUCGAAGCCCCUAUCCGUCAACGGAUCCUCCGGUCUUAUCACUGCUCAAACGUCGUCUAUGCAAGCGUCAGCGCGUCCGCGCUCUGCCCACUACACGGCUUCUCAAAUGGAUUACUUCCAACACUCGUCAGUCAAUUCAGCGAAGGAGUCCCCCUUCGAGAUGAUUUUACAGCCCCCCCUCUCUGCUCACACUUCGCAUACACAGGGUCCGCCUAUUCCACCCAUUCCCCACAAUCACAGCCAAAUAUAUCCGAAUUACUACACGACCGGCAGUAGUCACAGCUCGCGGCAUCCAAUGACGCAUAUUGGGCCGCCCUGUUGUCCUCCAUAUAUGUCUCGUAGCGGAGAUUCUUUCCUGAGCUCUGCCGGAGAGCCGUCGUCGGCGAAUAGUUUCGGCAAUGUCCCCACUGGAUACGGCAUCAAGGACAGCAGCAGCUACUCCGGCAACAGCUACACUCCGUCGCCUUGCCCAUCCACUCUGGCGCCCUACUCGAGUUACAGUCCGACCUACGGCAUGGAGUUUGCCCACUUCCUUCCUGCCGCAUAUCCCAGCCAUGCUGAAACUACCGCGCACGGAGCAGCUCUCAGCAGUCAUCAUAGCACGAUGUCCCAUCAUCAAACUGUGGACGGGGUGUCCAUUGUCGGCCUGGCCACGUUCCCCAAACGACAACAACGCAUCAGAAUCCCUUCAACACCGAGUGUGAGCUCGUCUGUGGGACGGGUAUCGAACGGCAGCAUAGACAGACCCGCUUCGCCAAUCCAACCCGCGUUGACCGUCGAGUUGAUUAACUCGUCGGGUGGCGACAUCGAGCUCAAUCCGCAAAAACGAAAGCCCAAAGCAGGCGAUACGAGACGGAUCACCAUCGACAAGAGCAGGGAGCCAUUGGGGAUCCAGAUCAAAGGAGAGACCGGUCAAAGCAUAUUCGUUUCUUCGGUAACGGAAAACUCCCUAGCUGAGGAGGCAGGCCUCCAGAUCGGUGAUCAACUGCUCGAAGUUUGCGGAAUCAACAUGCGUAACGCGACGUACCAACUCGCCGCGAACAUACUGAGACAGUGUCGAGACAGCAUGAUAUUGCUAGUGCAGUACAACCCGGAAAAGUAUCGUGAGGGUGGCAGCUCGAGUGAAAGUCCGCCAGAUACACCGCAUGCCUCGCCCAAAACGUAUCGUAGUAAGCGUCGUAGUCCCGCGACUUCGGCCGAAGCCCGCAGCCGUUCCAACGACGACCUCUCGAGCGGGACCUCAACGCUGACGCGUAGUCAAAAAGGUGCCUACCUGGCGGCUACGUUACAGGCGAAAAAGAAAACGGCCGAACCACGCGUUGUAAUCCUCAACAAGCCACGAAGCAGUUCGAACCUCGGUAUAACGCUUUUGGGUGGGAACGCUGUUGGUAUAUUUGUGCAUUCAAUCGAGCCAGAUUCGCCCGCUUUUCUGGGACUGCGGUCAGGUGAUCAGAUUCUCGAGUACAAUGGAAUCGAUCUACGGAACUUCACCGCUGAAGACGCCGCCUCGGAGUUGGCGAAACCGACUGGCGAAAACGCGAAGCUGAAAAUGCUCGUUCAGGAGAAUUUAGAGAGGUACAUGGAGAUUCAGGAGUAUGGAAAUGGCGACGCGUUCUACGUCCGCGCUCUCUUUGACCGACCCGCUACCGACGGAUCGCUCCCCAUCAAGAAGGAUGAGGUUUUCUUCGUCGAUAAUACCAUGUACAAAGGAGUGAACGGUCUGUGGCGAGCAUGGCUAGUGGACCAUGAUGGCAGGAAGACCGAAUGCGGUUUCAUACCUUCGAAGUACAAGGCAGAAGAGGAGCUAUUGCUGAAACGCUCUCUACUCGACAUCGACGACGGAGGUCGACGUGGUUCAGCUCGGCGCAGUUUCUUCCGCAGGCGAUCGAAGAACGCAGGCACACGAGAGAUCGCCGCCUACUCUGAUGCAUCAAUUAACUCUUCAAGUUACUCCGAUUCGGCUUCAAUGCUCGCCGAUGACACUCUGCUCCCACCAGCAACCUAUAUCAGGGUGGAAAAGCUUUGCUACACAAGUUUUCGCCCAGUUAUCCUGAUCGGACCUCUGAAUGACGCGGUAAUGGACAAGCUAGAACAAGACUAUCCAGACAUGUUCCAGCGGUGCCUUGGGGAGGCCAUGAAAGGAACAAUUCAGAUGAUGCAGAAAGGAGUCAAUGAGCACAAAAUUUUGGAUUUCCAUACGAAAGGCUCUCAUUUCGAGUGCACUACCAUCAGUGCCAUUAGGGCCAUUUGUGAAAAGAGUCACGCAUUUUUAGACGUUAGCUUGAGUUUGGAUGUGAUCUUGGAGCGCUUGCGUAAUUGCCAAAUAUAUCCGAUUGUGAUCUUUAUCAAGUUCAAGACGUUGAAACAGAUUCGCGAGGUCAAGUACCUAAGCGAAAAGAUGACGAGCAAAGCAGCGAAGGAGAUGUACGAACACUCGCUUAAGAUCGAAGCUGAAUACAAACCUCUUAUCAACGCUAUGAUACAGGGGAACAACUUGACAUACAUGUGUACACAGGUCAAGACGUGCGUCGAGGAGCAACAGAACAAAACUGUCUGGAUUCCCUCGGUACAAUACUGAGCAACUAUGAGCGCGCAGCCGCGACGCCCAGGAUAUCGGACAUCCUGGCGAUGCGGAUUCCUUGCGUCUCAAUGAGAAUUCUAAGACGAGGUUGGAGAUUCUCGCACGACUCCGUCGCAGCUCAUGUGGCCGCGGCAGGCUAGCGCGUUGAACGAGGGAAAUAUGCACCCUCAAAUAGAAUCAGACGCUGACGCUCAGGCAAUUAUCAAGGUGGGGACGAUCCAGGAGUUGACCGACGAUAAGCCUUCGCGGUGGCCGAUCGUCGAUUAUAUAAUGUCUUCCCCAAGACCUCAGGAUUGUUUUUGGAUUGUUUUUUGGAAACGAGAUGAGCUGUCUGAGAUAAUAUCUGGAAUUGUUGCUACAGCCAUAUUAGCCCUAUCCGCUCAAGAAGGUGCAAGAAACAAGACAGGAGAGUCGGGACGUCGCAAAUAAGCAAACUUGUUCACUCAGGACUAGGAAGUCGAUCGAUAACGCGCAGCUGUAGCGCGAUAAUCGACGGACAUAACUUAAACGCGCAUUCUCAUGCAAUAGAUCGAUUCCGAAUGUUGCGAUCAAGCUUCAAUGUACAGAUGACUGCCGCGGUUUCGACGUUUCUUUUAAAAAUAUCUCACCAAGUUCGAAUAACUGA